CCCAUAAAUUGCCAAUCGCUUCGUAAAGAACCCUAGCCACGGAAACAGCCUGACGUCGUCGUACUCUGGGUGCUCUGCUCUCUCCAGCUUGUUGAGGCACAAGAGUGUUUGAUCCACUAUGAAGUUCAACAUCGCGAAUCCGACCACUGGAUGCCAGAAAAAGCUUGAAAUCGAUGACGAUCAGAAGCUCCGUGCAUUUUUUGACAAGCGGAUCUCCCAGGAAGUUAGUGGGGAUGCUCUCGGGGAGGAGUUCAAAGGUUACGUUUUUAAGAUUAUGGGUGGCUGUGACAAACAAGGUUUCCCCAUGAAGCAAGGAGUGCUAACAACUGGUCGUGUUCGCCUUCUUCUCCACAGGGGCACUCCUUGCUUCCGUGGGUACGGCAGGCGUAAUGGAGAGCGCAGGAGGAAGUCAGUUCGUGGUUGCAUUGUUAGCCCUGACCUCUCAGUUCUGAACUUGGUUAUCGUGAAGAAGGGUGAUAAUGAUCUUCCCGGAUUAACUGAUAUUGAGAAGCCAAGGAUGAGGGGACCUAAGAGGGCCUCCAAAAUCCGGAAGCUAUUCAACCUCUCUAAGGAGGAUGAUGUUCGGAAAUACGUCAACACAUAUCGUAGAACGUUCACAAGUAAAUCAGGCAAGAAGAUCAGCAAGGCACCGAAGAUUCAGAGACUAGUAACUCCCCUGACUUUGCAGAGGAAGAGGAGUCGGAUUGCCGAAAAGAAAAAGAGGAUUGCCAAGGCCAAGUCAGAAGCAGCGGAGUACCAGAAGUUGCUUGCUUCCAGGCUCAAGGAGCAGAGGGAACGUAGGAGCGAGAGCUUGGCCAAGAGGAGGUCCAAGCUUUCUGCUGCCUCCAAGCCAUCCGUGGCUGCCUAGACUGUAUGCUAUUUCCCUCUCUUUUUGAUGCUGGUGAAGAAUUUUCUUUCCAUGAGGAGUGUUUUUUGCUUAGAUAUUAUCUACUCGAGUCCCUUCGCGUUUGUAGUUGUGACGCCUUGAUAUGGGAAUCGAACAAACCAAUUGUUGAAGAGUUUUUCUUAAACAUUACUUCACAGUGUAUUAGUGUUAAUCAUUUUUGAUAUUUGAUUUAUGAGUUGACUUGUUUUCUUA